AUGAACAACAACUCAAACAACGGAGGAGUUACAGGCGCUGCGAAAACUGUAACUGGCAUUCUGGGGAACACCGUAUCUGGUGUGUCCAACACCGUCGGGGGCGUAGUCGGUGGAGCCACUCGUGGUUUAGGAGAAACUGUUAAUGCAGUCACUGGUGAUGUUGCCAAGCCUGUGGGGGACGGAAUUGCGAAUGUAGGAACUGGGGUUCAGAACGGAUUGUCUGAUGUGGCCAAGGGGUCCCGGGAUGCUGGUAACUGGAAGAAAUAA